GGAACUCGUGACUGUGGAAGCCCAGGGGACCAGAUCCCGGUUCCUGCAACUCCAGACAUGGCGACCUAGGAGAAAGGAAAGAACAAUUUUUUCUCCUCUUUUGGGAAGGUUUGUGUCUAGUAGUGCCUGUGCCCUUGGGCGGCUUGGAGAGAAGAGGGACGACUGGAGAAUCGUCGAGAACCAGCGGAGAAAAGAAAACGCAACGUUAAUUCUAGAAGGCCUCCUGUCCCUUCCUGCUCUGGGUGCUCAUGGAACCAGCUGCUGCUCUGCACUUCUCCCGGCCAGCCUCCCUCCUCCUCCUUCUCCUCCUCCUCUUCAGCCUGUGUGCACUGGUCUCAGCCCAGUUUAUUGUCGUGGGGCCCACUGAUCCCAUCCUGGCCACAGUUGGAGAAAACACUACGUUACGCUGCCAUCUGUCACCCGAGAAAAAUGCUGAGGACAUGGAGGUGCGGUGGUUCCGGUCUCAGUUCUCCCCCGCAGUGUUUGUGUAUAAAGGUGGGAGACAGAGAACAGAGGAGCAGAUGGAGGAGUACCGAGGAAAAACCACCUUUGUGAGCAAAGACAUCCGCAGGGGCAGUGUGGCCCUGGUCAUACAUAACAUCACAGCCCAGGAGAACGGCACCUACCGCUGUUACUUCCAAGAAGGCAGGUCCUCCGAUGAGGCCAUCCUGCACCUUGUAGUGGCAGAGCUUCUGGAAGCUGAGGUCUACUGAGAAGUCGUCCCAGAAGCAGAAAGUGAAAUCCAAAACUUGCCUGUUUGAAGUUGGAGUCGACACAUCCACCUCGAAGACUGGGCUCUAAGCCCCACGUUGAAAUGAGGGGCCACGAGGACGGGGGCAUCCGGCUGGAGUGCACAUCUGGAGGGUGGUACCCAAAGCCCCUCACAGUGUGGAGGGACCCCUAUGGUGGUGGGGUUGUGCCUGCCCUGAAGGAGGUCUCCAUGCCUGAUACAGACGGCCUCUUCAUGGUCACCACAGCUGUGAUCAUCAGAGACAAGUCUGUGAGGAACAUGUCCUGCUCUAUCAACAACACCCUGCUUGGCCAGAAGAAAGAAAGUGUCAUUUUUAUUCCAGAAUCCUUUAUGCCCAGUGUGUCUCCCUGGGCAGUGGCCCUGGCUAUCAUUGUGGUUAUUCUGAUGAUACUCAUUGCCAUAUGCAUCUAUUGGAUCAACAAACUCCAAAAGGAAAAAAAGAUUCUGUCAGGGGAAAAGGAGUUUGAACAGGAAACAAGAGAAAUUGCUGUAAAGGAACUGGAGAAAGAACGUGUGCAAAAACAGGAGGAACUUCAAGUAAAAGAGAAACUUCAAGAAGAAUUGCGAUGGAGAAGAACAUUCUUACAUGCUGUCGAUGUGGUCCUGGAUCCAGACACCGCUCAUCCCGAUCUCUUCCUGUCGGAGGACCGGAGAAGUGUGAGAAGGUGCCCCUUCAGGCACCUAGGGGAGAGCAUGCCUGACAACCCAGAGAGAUUCGACAGUCAGCCUUGUGUCCUAGGCCGGGAGAGCUUCGCUUCAGGGAAACAUUACUGGGAGGUGGAGGUGGAAAACGUGAUUGAGUGGACUGUGGGGGUCUGUAGAGACAGUGUUGAGAGGAAAGGGGAGGUCCUGCUGAUUCCUCAGAAUGGCUUCUGGACCUUGGAGAUGCAUAAAGGGCAAUACCGGGCCAUGUCCUCCCCUGAUAGGAUCCUCCCUUUGAAGGAGUCCCUUUGCCGGGUGGGCGUCUUCCUGGACUAUGAAGCUGGAGAUGUCUCCUUCUACGACAUGAAGGACAGAUCGCACAUCUACACAUGUCCCCGUUCAGCCUUUUCCAUGCCUGUGAGGCCCUUCUUCAGGUUGGGGUGUGAGGACAACCCCAUCUUCAUCUGCCCUGCACUCGCAGGAGCCAAUGGGGUCACGGUGCCUGAAGAGGGCCUGACACUUCACAGAGUGGGGACCCACCAGAGCCUGUAGAAUCAAUUCCUUGGUCUCACAGCCAUGUAGACAAGCCCUGGUCAUCUCAGCAGCCACUGCACAACGCCCCUGGUGGAAGACACGCCCUCCUCCCCUCUGGUCACACAAGAGAACGUCUUCCAGCUGCCUCUUUCACACCCACUCCAGACCUCAGCCCCAGUUUUCUCCUCCUCACUAAGCUGUGUUUUUAGUAGUUCCUUUGCUUGUAACUAUGCGAUGGGAUCCAGGCAUAGGGAACUAGUUAUUACACAGCUCCCAGCCAAGAAGAAAGUGUGAGAAGUUGAUGGGCAGCGAACCUGCUAUUUAACAUCAGGGUGACCACAUUGAGCCCAGUAUUCCAGUUGGCACCAGAUGAUAUGGACUUGGAAUGAGGCCAACAGGGUUCACCAGGAUGUAAGAGGAGAGAGGAAUCCACAGGACCACCGGAGAGGAGAGGGAACAAGAUAUGCAGGUCAGAGAUAGAGGAAGUGGAACCAGAGAGCUGGGAGGGACCAAGGUUGUAAGGGUGGCUAAGUCCCACCAUAACAGCUAAGGGGACCUGGGAGAUGAUGGCUCAUUUCCACCCAACCCCGGGAUUUCCAGAGCGCACAUCCACAGGCCUGGACCUGGGAUGAAGAUGAAUGAAGAACAUGGAUGCACGUGGAUGUGGUUUGGCUCAGGUGUCCCUGCAGUUGGCAAGGAGUCAGUACUCAGUCCCUGAGUGUGGCUGAAGUUUGAGGUCCUGGCUGAGCCAAGGAGUAAUGGACCAGAUCUACCUCAGUAUUCAGGUUCAGUGGGGACACUAGUGGCUUCAAACUUCCUGGUCUCAUGGUAUCUUGAGACAUCUUACAAAUGAUGGAGGAUUCCAAAGAGUUUUUGUUUAUUUGGGUUAACAUUUGUUGGUAUUUAUGGCAUUUGAGAUUGAAACUAAGAAAUGUUUUAAUUUAUUACCUUUACAACAUUUUUUUACAUUACAUACAUACAUUUACAACAUUUAUUAAUUUAUGUUAAAAUAACAUGAAUAAGCCAAUUACAGGUUAAUAUAAGUAAAAUGUUUGUGAAAAAAGUAUGGUAUCCAAAGCAAAAUAAAUUUUGAGAAGUGCGGCAUU